AUGGUGAACAAAGCGCUCGUCUUUAAGAAGGUUCCUCAGGGCUACCCCGUCGCGGGACAGGAUCUUGUCAUUGAAGAGAUCAGCUACGACAGCUCUGUUGCCACUCCUAAGAACGGCGUGGUCCUCGAGUCUCUUUACGCCAGUUUUGACCCGUACAUGCGCGGCCGCAUGCGCAACCCAGAAAUCAAAUCCUACGCUCCACCCUUCACUCUCAACAAGCCCGUCGUGAACGACGUGAUCGGCAAGGUCCUCAAGUCCGACAAUGCCGGUUUCAAGGAGGGUGACCUUGUGAUUGGCCAACUGCCAUUGCAACAAUUCGUUGCUCUGGACGACAAGGCUGUUGCUGGAAUUAAAAAGCUCGAGAACCCACUAGGCCUGGAGGACAUCCGUGUCUUCCUGGGCCCAUUGAUCGGCAAGCCCAAGAAGGGCGAGACUAUCUUUGUCUCUGCCGCCAGUGGUGCUGUGGGCCAGAUUGUCGGCCAACUGGCCAAGCACGAGGGACUCCGCGUCAUUGGGUCUGUAGGAUCGGACGAGAAGCUUGACUUCAUCCUUAAGGACUUGGGCUUCGAUGCUGGCUUCAACUACAAGAAGGAGAAGCCUGCCGAUGCUCUGAAGCGCCUCGCCCCCGAGGGCAUCGACAUCUACUACGAGAACGUGGGUGGUGAGCACAUGGAGGCAGCACUGGAUUCCUUGAGGCAAUGGGGACGUGUUGUUCUUUGCGGUCUGAUCUCCGAGUACAACUCCGCACCAUACCCCAUCACCAACAUUUCCAACGUCCUGACCAAGCGAUUGACCGUUCGCGGCUUCAUUGUGUUUGAUCCGGACAUGGGCCCUCUGCAUGUGAAGGCUCACCAGGAGAACGUCGCUAAGUGGAUCAAGGAUGGCUCAUUCAAGGUCCGGCUUCACCAAACUGAUGGCAUUGAUAAUGCUGCAGAUGGUCUGAUCGGCAUCUUCACUGGCAAGAACUUCGGCAAGGCUGUGCUGAAGUUCUAG